UGUCUUAACUUUGUUAUCCCUUCUUUAUAUUUUGCGUUAGACCAACGCGUCGCUAAAAGGAAAAAAAGAAAAGGAAAAAGAAUAAAAAACAAUCAAGGGUCACAAGACAAGACACGACGUAGCUUCGUUCUCUCUCAAAAACCCUAAUUAUCUUUGACAUCGAUCGAAUCCGAUAAGCGAGCGAGAAUGGCGAAUAGUAAUCUACCGCGAAGAAUCAUCAAGGAAACUCAACGCCUGCUUAGCGAACCGGCUCCGGGGAUAAGUGCGUCACCGUCAGAGGAGAAUAUGCGAUAUUUCAAUGUUAUGAUUCUUGGUCCUUCCCAGUCUCCUUAUGAAGGAGGCGUUUUCAAGUUGGAGCUCUUUUUGCCUGAAGAGUAUCCUAUGGCAGCUCCCAAAGUUAGGUUUCUCACGAAGAUUUACCAUCCUAACAUUGACAAGCUUGGAAGAAUUUGCCUUGACAUAUUGAAAGACAAGUGGAGUCCUGCGCUACAAAUAAGAACUGUGCUUUUGAGUAUUCAAGCUCUUCUAAGCGCACCAAACCCAGAUGAUCCACUCUCUGAGAACAUAGCCAAGCAUUGGAAGAGUAAUGAAGCUGAAGCUGUGGAGACAGCUAAGGAGUGGACUCGUCUGUAUGCAAGUGGCGCUUGAUGGGGGGAGUGCAAGAGGAGAAAGAUCAUUGUCAUUUAAAUAACAUUAUAUAUGGUGAAAUACUCUAUCUCAAGGUUUUAUCCAAAUCCUUUUUUUUCUAAAACAAGAAAAAAAGAUUUGUACUCUCUGGAUAUGUAUAACUACUAGGGAGGAUUUAAGACUAGUUUAUCCAUAUUUGCAAACUAACUUUCUUCAAA